GCGAGAGCUAUGAAGACGAUCGAGCUUGCGGAAGGCUGGUCGUUCAAGCAGACGCACUCUGAUGAAGAAUGGCUCCCCGUCUCAAGGGUGCCAACGAAUGUGCAUCUCGAUCUGCUUGCCCACAAGAAAAUCGAGGAUCCCUUCCUGGGCUUCAAUGAGCUCAAAUGCGAGUGGGUUGGCGAGAAGUCAUGGACUUAUAAAGUCCAAAUCCCCGCGCCAGCCAGAGCUGAGGCUGGCACAAGACAUGUUCUGGCUUUUGAUGGACUCGACACCUUCGCCACGGUCAAGCUAGACGGCAAGAUCAUCCUCGAGAGCGACAACAUGUGGAUCAUGCAUCGUGUCGAUGUAACGCAAGACCUGAGAUUCGACGCAGCCACAACACUGGAGAUUGAGUUCAAAUCAGCCAUGCUGGAAGCCCGUAAGAUAAAAGACGCGCAUCCAGAGCAUAAAUGGGUUGGCUUUAAUGGUGAUAUGGCUCGGCUUGCAGUGCGAAAAGCUCAGUACCACUGGGGUUGGGACUGGGGUCCAGUCUUAUCUCCAUGUGGGCCAUGGCGUGCUGUGCGCCUCGAAACAUAUCAAGCUCGCGUGGCCGACAUCAGAGUCGAUUAUGACAUCGAUGCCUUGUUUCAGAGUGUUUCCGGAAGCAUCACAGCAACGAUCGACGGCGAUUCCGGAGACGCCGUCCAUUUCAGCAUCUCUUUUGACGGGAGAGAGGUGUUCUGUGCAGUCGCGACGCCGAAUGAAAGCGGCCUUGCAAAAAUCAACUUCCACCUCCCAGAACCGAAGCUUUGGUAUCCUCAUGGAUAUGGCGAACAGCCGCUCUACACCGUCACUGCCAAGGUCACGGCUGCUGAUCAUGAGCUCCAUACGCUAGGCAGAAAAACGGGGUUUCGCAAGGGUGAACUAAUACAGGAACCAGAUGACAUUGGAAAGACAUUCUACUUUCGCAUCAAUGGCAUUGAUGUCUUUUGCGGAGGCUCAGACUGGAUUCCUGCGGACAGCUUCACGCCACGAAUCUCGAAAGAACGGUACAGAAGAUGGCUCGAGAUGAUGGUCGAUGGCUAUCAACUAAUGAUUCGAAUAUGGGGCGGUGGCAUUUGGGAAGAGGACAUCUUCUACGAGACUUGCGACGAACUCGGCGUUCUUGUGUGGCAAGAUUUCAUGUUCGGCUGUGGCAACUAUCCCUGCUUUCCCGAGAUUUUGAAGUCGAUCGAGGCAGAAUGCAUAUGUCAAACCAAACGGUUACGACACCAUCCUUCCAUUGUGAUCUAUGCUGGCAACAACGAAGACUACCAGGUACAAGAGCAGCUCGGCCUGACCUACGACUACGAAGACAAGAAUCCCGAGAGUUGGCUUCAGUCGGACUUCCCAGCUCGCUACAUAUACGAGAAGCUGCUCCCGGAAGUAGUAGCAGCUCACGUGCCGCACGUCCCGUACCAUCCAGGAUCGCCAUGGGGGGACGGUAAGAUCAGCUCAGACCCGACGGUCGGGGACAUGCACCAGUGGAAUGUCUGGCAUGGCACGCAAGAGAAAUACCAAAUCUUCGAUACGCUGGGCGGACGAUUCAACAGCGAGUUUGGCAUGGAAGCCUUCCCGCACAUCGACACAAUCAAAUGGUACGUCACCGAUGCGACGCAGUUGUACCCACAGAGCCAUAUGAUCGACUUCCACAACAAGGCCGAUGGACAUGAACGACGAAUCGCAACUUACCUGGUUGAAAAUUUUCGGACGGCAACGGAUCUUGAGAAGUACAUCCAUCUGACGCAGCUCAGUCAGGCAGAGGCGCUGAUGUUCGGAUAUCGAGGCUGGCGGCAGCAAUGGGGCCAGAAGCGCUUCUGCGGCGGCGCUCUGCUAUGGCAGCUCAAUGACUGUUGGCCGGUAACAUCGUGGUCCAUCGUAGACUACUUCCUCCGCAAGAAGCCGGCGUACUAUGCCGUCCGCCGAGCAUUGGCGCCAAUCGCCGUUGCUGUCAAGCGUGAGCAUCACGACUGGAGUGUCGUCCAUGCACGGCCUGCAAAACGUCUUCGCUAUGAGUGUUGGGUUGCCAGCUCCAAGACGAGUGAUGUGCAAGCGACGAUUGAGGUGCGGUACAUCAGUAUUGCAAGUGGCAAGGACAUCAAAGACAGAUGUGUCAAAACGGACGUCACGAUCGGUGCAAAUGGAACGACGGAGAUCUUGAAGGGCACCAUUGACAACGUGCAGGAAGAGCCGCAUGUCCUUGCCGCACGUAUAUGGGUGGAGGGCGAAAUAGUGUCGCGAGACGUGGACUGGCCGCAGCCUCUGAAAUACCUUGACUUCUCCGGUCGGGAGGUGGAUGUGAUGCCGGCAGGCGACAAGAUGGUCAUCAGCGCGGGCAAGCCAACCAAAGGACUCGUGUUCGAGGAGAGAGAAGGCAUUCUUGUCGAUGACAGUGCCAUCGACGUGGUGCCCGGAGACGAGCAGGUCGUCACGGUUCGAGGUCUUGGAGCGCACGAUCAGGCUUUGAAGUGGACGUAUCUCGGGGCCGCAUGACGAGAGCGGUGCAUGGCUCUGGCUCAGCUGCCGGUCGGACGUGCAGCCGAUUUGGGCCAGGCGACAUCAAAUGCUCGCCUAAUCACCUUCUAAAAUUUAGCUAGAAUGGAACUAGCCGGACGCUUUGCCGAGGGCCCGAGAUGGCCGGUGCAACGCUAGAAUAGGCUAGCGUCUGCUGCACACUUCCAAGGCGGGGUUCUCAGCACUAAUAAUAAGUCAGCAGCAUGUCCAACAGACAAUUAUAACCGUGCAGGGUCUG